AUGCUGUCCAACGUGGUGGGAAAAAAGAAGACCAUCCCAUUUCCCAGCUGUGCUGCUCAGAUGUACUUCUCCCUCUCCUUUGGCAUGAUUGAAUGUGUUCUCCUUGGUGUCAUGGCCUAUGACAGAUAUGUAGCCAUUUGUCAUCCUCUUCAUUAUACUGUCAUUACGAACCAAUGCACCUGUGUCCAACUGGCAGCCAUUUCUUGGUCCAGUAGCUUCCUGAGCUCCUUGAUUAUCAAUGUCCUCACCUUGAGUUUGCCCUGCUGUGGGCCCAAUGUCCUGAGUCACUUUUUUUGUGAGAUGCCUUCCGUCCUGAGGUUGGCUUGCGCUGACACCUCGUUUACCGAGCUGGUUGUUUUUAUCUUCAGUAUUAUCAUUGUCUUCAUUCCUUUUCUCCUCAUUGCUGUUUCCUAUGCCCGGAUCCUUCUAUCAGUUCUCAACAUGCGGGCAGCCCCUGGGAGGCAGAAGGCACUGUCCACUUGUGCCUCUCAUCUGACAGUGGUGACCGUAUUCUACGGAACUGCCAUCUUCAUGUACAUGAGACCCCAGUCAAAGUUCUCCAGCGCUGGGGGCAAGAUCAUUGCGGUGUUCUACACUGUGAUCACACCUAUGCUCAACCCCUUGAUCUAUAGCCUCAGGAACCAAGAUGUGAAAGGAGUUUUAAGGAGAGCUAUUGUAAGAGGACAUGAGAGCUCUUAA